CUUUCAAGAGAAAGCCUCCCUCUGACCCCUCCCCUCCAUCAGGGAGGUAUAGAAGGUGCAGGAGCAUCCAAAAGGUCCAGUCAAGUGUGCUGCACUAGUCCUAGAAGCUUCUACAGAGACUCUCCAGCAAGCCAAGCAGCACCACAUCUUGAGCCAUUCAUCUUCAUCGAGACUUGAGAACAGCAAUCAUGAUAAGGAUGCAGCGGCACUCGCACGCCUUUCUGGUCCUCCUCCUGGUGGUCUUCAUCUCCGGAAUGGUUCUGUCUGGUCCCUCUGUGCCACGGAGAAGCCGAGUCAGACGCCAGAACAUGAAGGUCCGAAUCAACGCCACAGGCGACACCAUUGUCAUGAAGUUUGUUCGCCCCAACACCGAUACCAAGCUGGAAGGCUACAUCCUGGGCUACGGCAGCAGCAUGUUCUCCAAACAGUUCAUUCCCUUGCCGGAGAAUGGACAGCCUUAUGAGACUGAGUUUGAUGCCGAGCCCAAGUACCUGAUAGCUGUCCAGUCCAUUCCAACCAACGACGUUAAAAAGCAUUGCACAGGGAAAGUGGAACUAGAGAAACCGCUGCACUUGGUCAUCGGGUCGGUGACACCCACCUCAGUGCUGUUGUCCUGGGGGACCCUGCUGAAGACUCCCUAUGAAGGCAACAUCAUGAAUGAAUGUCUGGAGGAUGGACACUACACGGUGCGUUAUCGGGAAAGAAACAGGAAGUGGAACUACCAGACCUGCCCGACGAGUGACACGGUCAUUGACAAUCUCAAGCCCAACACCGUUUAUGAGUUUGGUGUCCAACCCACCUCUAAGGACAAAACCGGAUCAUGGAGCAAGCCGGUCCUUCACAACAUCAGCUCAGGUGGAGUUCAAGAGAAAGUCAUCAGGAAAAUCUUCAAACGUCCCAUCAGCCCUGUGAAACCCAUUGGGCAAGGUGCACAUUUCCCGUUUGUUCCUCGUCACGUUCUUCACAAUAGGACGCAGGGCAGACUGCCCCUCUCCCGCAACAUAACCCCAAAGACAACAACAACAACAACAACAACUACAACUCUUGCUCCCACCACAACUACUAGACAGGAACCCCUGUCUACCCCUGGACCCGCGGUGCCUGUGACCACCAAAGAGCCAUUCGGAGGAGACCUCUUCAAAUCUGUCAUCUCUCUUUCCCGUGGGCUCCCCUUAGUUCCUAUUCUCCCACCUCCACUUCAAACUGCAGCUACUACACCUUCUGUACCAGCCCCAAAGCAAAACGGUGGACAAUCACCCCGAUCCUAUGCCCCGACCCCGUUAAUACUCUACCAACCACCACUGCAAUCCAAGCCCAGACCCCAACAAUCUCAACCAAGUUCUCAAGCAAAGUCUGUACCCCGACUUGAACCAAAUUUGGAGCCACCUCUGCAGCCCGUAACUUAUACACCAAUUCCAAACCAUUAUCAUCAAACAUUGCGGCUGACAACCCAGUCAGAAACCCAAUCAACACAGAAGACUCAGAUCGAAUCAAAACCUCAGACAAAGCCACAACCUCUAUCUCCACCUCAGCUGCAUCCGACAACGCUGCUCAUAAACCAAUCAAAAACAGCUGAAGUCUAUCCAAAAACAUCCCAACCGACACAGCAGCACCUACCUUCGAGUAACAAAAUACUAACAGCGCAAAUCUUACCAAAACAACCAUCCCGGCCUACUCCGAACAGACAAAUCGAAACGCAGUCUCAACCCAUGGUUUAUUUUCAGACCACACGAAGAACAAACUCCCCAGAACCUCAACCAACAGCUAAAAAAGUUUGGUCUGGUUCUUUAAAUCCCACGGAACAACCUGUGUCCUCGUCCAAAACACAGCCAGGUCAGCAGGCAAAGUUCCAAAAUCCAAUAACCAGAACCAGUAGCCUACCACAAACACUUGCGUCGUUCCCUUCUUCCCGGACCAAACCCCCUUCUACAUCAACAACGUAUAGUCUACCCCAAUCUCAAUCCCAACCGAAGGCGAUUCCUGCCCAAGCAGAAGUGCAACCUGGAAUUCAGUUUCCACCACUGGGCAGGACUCAUUCAGGUCCCACCGAAGUCAUUCCAGAUCCUACUGCUCGUCCUAGUCCAGCGGAGAAGGGCAACCCUCUACCAAUACCAGACUUGGACGCAGAAGAGGCUAAUAGUUACAAUCUUGGCAACCGGAGGAAAGCAGAGGGUUCUCCCGUUAGCUCCUCAGCUGCUCCAGUGGGCAGAAACACAACUUUUUCACGCCUCCGGAUCCCACCUCAAUUAACUCGCAAUGGCGGAAGAUCAUUCUCCACCUCCUCCCACAGCAUCUCCAGGACACCUGGGGCGCAUCAUAGGAGCAAUGCUCUUCCUAAACCUGGAGCGUGGCCCAAAGAGAAACCUGUUCUGCGUCCGUCUAUUCCUGUCAACAAGAGACCCAACCUGGUGGGAAAACCUAAUGACCACGAUAAACCCAUGGACCUCAAACAAGGCGACAAGGAGUCCAUCUUGAAGCCUUUCCCCUUGGUCACGUCCAAGCCUAAGCAGGAGCGCAGACAGCAGACUACCACCACUGCCCCGUUGUUAAACAGCAGCCGUUUUGACAUCAAUGAAAACUCGUCCAUAUUUAGGCCCCUGCCCGCAUCGGAUGUGGACAUUAUGGGCAAGAAGCGCUACGUGGCUCCCCAUGUCAUCUACAAGACGGAUAAGAAGCCAGAUGAGCCGUGCUCCAUCACUUCCUCCCUGACUUAUUUCCCCGACGAGGAGGACGGUGGCGAUCAGAAUGUGACGGCGCCCCCCCGUAUACCGCCCUCCAACCUCACCGUGGUCACUGUCGAGGGGUGCCCCUCUUUUGUCAUCCUCGACUGGCAGAAGUCUGACAACGAAACCAGAGAGUAUGAAGUUGUGUCAACCGCCAAAGGACCCAAUGGAGAGGAAGUGUCCAUACUGACGACGACAAACCAGACGCACACGGCGGUGGAGAAUCUAAAACCAGAAAGCAGUUACGAAUUCAAAGUUACACCAAAGAACGAGUUGGGAACGGGACCAUCCAGUGAGCCGGUGUCGUUUAACACGGAAUCAGCGGACCCACGAGUGAGUGAAAACGUUUCAGGAAAGGAUGCCAUCUGGACACAGUUCCCAUUUAAGGCAGACGCCUACUCGGAAUGCAAUGGGAAGCAAUAUGUGAAGAGGACUUGGUACCGAAAAUUUGUGGGCAUCCAGCUGUGCAACUCCUUGAGAUAUAAGAUCUACUUAAGCGACUCCCUGAAUGGGAAGUUCUACAACAUCGGGGAUCAAACGGGUCACGGCGAGGACCACUGCCAGUUUGUGGACUCCUUCUUGGAUGGAAGGACGGGGACGCAGUUGUUUGCCGACCAGUUACCAUCCAGGCCAGGCUUCUUCCGGGCGUUGAGACAAGAGCCGGUUAGCUUCGGCGAGAUUGGUGGAAAAUCGCAUGUGACUUACGUGGGCUGGUACGAAUGCGGCACACCCAUACCCGGCAAGUGGUAGGAUCCAUCCACCUCAGGGCCCUCCAAGGAAGGAGUUUUUCAAUAAGUUUUCUGGAAGAAGAGUGCGAAAAAAUGUCCGACCUGAUGAGGAUUUGGGGCCUCUUUUUCACGCUACCGUAGACAGUACUGAUUAGAAGGUGGUGUCUAUUAGGUAUGAAUGGCUUCAGGAAAAACAACCCCCUGAUUGUUGUAUAAGCGUGGAUGAGCGAGUGGCCAAAAAUGUUGAUUAUACAGAGAAAAAAGUUGGGAAGCUGGCUCCCAAAAUGUUUGUAUGGUACUAUUUAUCAAAGGAAAAAAUGUGUGCUUGUAUUUUCCAGGGUAUAAAUACUUCCCAGUACUUGCAAGGCUACACACACACACACAGAAACACACGUCAUUUCCAUAUAGACAAGGCGCCACUCACAUAGUGACUGUACAUUUGGAUGAUGUAAGAUACAAGUACAUGUGAGACUGACAGAUAUCUGCUCCUGUUCCUGAGGAAUUGCUGGCAGUUGCACAGUAUUACACCGUCCUUGUUUAUAUAUAUAUGUAUAUGUAUAUGGUGUCAAAUAGUCUAUCGGGAUCACAGAUGCAUUUGAACAAUGUAGAGUUUGAAGGAUGUGCUAACAUGCUAACUUGUUUUUGUUGUUGAAAAUUACAUGAAAAAAAAUUGUUAAAAUGACCAUGAAAUGACAAAUGUAUGUAUUCAAACAUUUUUUUUUUUGCAAACUGUACAUAAACUGUCCCGUUACUUCUUGAAAAUAUUUUUUUGUGGCAACAUGUAAACUGUU